AUGGCUAGGUCUCGAACGGCAGGCUGUGGGUGUGUUGGGUGUGCAGCAUGGCCCAGCUGCUGCGCGAGGGGGUGGUCGGGCUCGACGCACAGGCAUGGUGUUCACACACGGCCCGGCCACGUCCUGCAGCGCCGCCACGCUUGUCUUAGACCGCACCAGCUGCCCGUGGUGCUGGUUGGGUCGUUGGCAGGCGCCGUCGUGUCCGGCGAGGUGCCGCGUCUGCGUGAUGCAGGACCCCCUCCAGCAGGCCUAUAUGUGGGUGAGAAAGGGGCUACGUGGUACUACUUCAUCGAUGCACGAAUCUCUGCAUCUGGGCCGAGGCGGGCCGAACCGGCUAAAUCCGUCCAGAAUACACUCCUGCUAUUAUCACUCGGUAUUCUUCUCGAUCGGUAUACCACAUUCCGACUACUCAACAUUGAACCACAAAGACUGAGCAGAAAGACAACCCUUUACAACUUUAGCCGUGGCGUCAUCACAUCUACUGAUGACCCAUUGCCAAUAGAUCCUCGUGUCAUAUCGGCAAUGCAGAAGGCAGAGACCGGUGGAAGCGCUGCAACUGCAGAGGCGAUCGCUUACACGAUCGAAAACGUCAAGGGUCGCGCAGCUCAAAAUACCGCGCUUGUUUUCACUUGUAGGCCUGGGCCCAGUCUGGAACGAAGGUCCCGCAGAACAGCAGGAAAAUGA